CCCAUCAUUCUUUCCAUCAAACACAAUCAACAACUCCCUCUCACCUUAUCGACAAGACUUGCAGCUCCAAACAUCACAACAGAGCAGCUUCAUUCAUACUAUUUCGGAACGCGAUUCACUCGCAUUUCAUCGUCAACGAGUCUUAAGAUGUCGUACGGAGGCGGAUCUUACGGUGGUGGUGGCGGUCGCGGAGGUGGAGGAGGUGGAGGUGGAGGUUACUCAGGGUACGAUAAAUAUGCAAGCCGCGAUAACUACUCCAGUGGCUACUCCUAUGGUGGAGGCGGCGGCUACGGCGGCGGCGGUGGUGGUGGUGGUUACGGAGGUGGUGGUGGUGGUGGUGUGAACGGUUACUCCGGAGGUGGCGGAUACUCUGGAGGUGGUGGUGGUGGAUACGGCGGCGGCCGCGGCGGUGGUUUCGGUGGUGGCGGUGGAGACCGCAUGUCCAACCUUGGUGAUGGCCUCCAGAAGCAAAGCUGGGACCUCGACACCAUGCCGAAAUUCGAGAAGUCUUUCUACAAGGAGGACCCUCUAGUCACCAACCGCUCGGAUGCCGAUGUGGCCAAGUUCAGAGCUCUCCACAACAUUGCUAUCACCGGAACCAAUGUUCCCAAGCCAGUCGAGACAUUCGACGAGGCUGGCUUCCCCGCCUACGUUAUCAACGAGGUUAAGGCCCAGGGAUUCCCUGCUCCUACCGCCAUUCAAUCACAGGGCUGGCCUAUGGCCCUUUCUGGACGUGAUGUCGUUGGUAUUGCCGAGACUGGUUCAGGAAAGACGCUCACAUACUGCUUGCCCGCAAUUGUUCACAUCAACGCCCAGCCGCUAUUGGCACCCGGAGAUGGCCCUAUCGUCCUCGUCCUUGCGCCAACCCGUGAGCUUGCUGUCCAGAUUCAGCAAGAAAUCACCAAGUUUGGAAAGUCUUCUCGCAUUCGCAACACCUGCGUCUACGGAGGUGUCCCCAAGGGUGGACAAAUCCGCGAUCUCGCCAAGGGUGUCGAGGUUUGCAUUGCUACUCCAGGUCGUCUCAUCGAUAUGCUCGAGUCUGGCAAGACCAACCUCCGCCGUGUCACCUACCUUGUUCUCGAUGAGGCUGACCGCAUGUUGGACAUGGGUUUCGAGCCACAAAUUCGCAAGAUCCUUGGUCAAAUCAGACCUGAUAAGCAGACUUGCAUGUGGUCCGCAACAUGGCCAAAGGAGGUCCGCGCUCUUGCGUCUGACUACCUGAACGACUUCAUCCAGGUCAACAUUGGUUCUCUUGAACUCUCUGCCAACCACCGCAUUACUCAAAUCGUCGAGGUUGUUUCGGAGUUCGAGAAGCGUGAUAAGAUGACCAAGCAUCUCGAGAAGAUCAUGGAGAACAAGGAGAACAAGAUCCUGAUUUUCACUGGUACUAAGCGUGUUGCUGACGAUAUUACCCGAUUCCUUCGCCAGGACGGUUGGCCCGCACUCUCCAUCCACGGAGACAAGCAGCAAAACGAGAGAGAUUGGGUCCUGAACGAGUUCAAGACCGGCAAGAGCCCCAUCAUGGUUGCUACUGACGUAGCUUCGCGUGGUAUUGAUGUCCGCAACAUUACUCAUGUGUUUAACUAUGAUUACCCAAACAACUCCGAGGAUUACAUCCAUCGUAUCGGCCGAACUGGACGUGCCGGACAAAUGGGAACCGCAAUUACCCUCUUCACCACUGACAACCAGAAGCAGGCUCGUGAUCUCGUAAAUGUUCUCACUGAGGCUAAGCAGCAAAUUGACCCCCGUCUCAUUGAGAUGACCCGCUACGGCGGUGGCGGUGGUGGUGGCCGCUACGGUGGAGGUGGAUACCGUGGAGGCCGCGGUGGUGGCGGACGUGGUGGUGGUCGUUGGUAGGUGG